AAAAAACAUUGUGAUGCUUUGACAUUCCUGUCGAAAAUCUAAACAGAUAAAAAAAAACUUUUUGAAAGUGUCAAUGAUAUGAAAAACAGUACCAAUGGAUUCAGGAACGGAUAGUGAUGAAGACUCUUCGGUUUCCCAGGAAUAUAUUGUAGAGAAGAUACUGGCUCGAAGGCAUUACAGGGGUGCAGUUCAAUACUUGGUUAAGUGGUUAUAUUAUUCCGACGAGGAUAAUACCUGGGAAAUGGUCUCAGAUCUUAGCUGCCUUGAUCUAAUAAAAUCCUUUGAAUCGCAACGCAGUCUAAAGAGGGGUCAAGAUCUAAAUACUCUUUACGAAAAAAAGGCGAAGCGGCUGAAAAUUGAUCCAUAUUUAGUUUUGGACAAUCCCUUUAAUCAUGGAUUUACAGCCGAAGAAAUUAUCAAGGCCUUCAAAAGUGAUGGUUACAUAUCGAUUUUGAUUAAGUUUGCGGAUCUGGAUCAACCUCAACUUGUGCCAAGUGAAAUUGCUUAUCAGGAAAUACCACAGAUGGUCUUACAAUUUUAUGAAAAGCUUUGCAACUUUGACGAAUUCUAAAGUAAUUAUAACUUAUUGGCUAGUUGAUUUGGUGCCAGAAACUAUAAAUUUUCGUUACAUGUAAUUGAGCAUUAAGUGAAGUUUGUUCCAGGCAAAAUGCCAAAAGCCUUUCUUCCGGCCAUUAAACAUAGUUCUUGAGAAACGGAAAAUUGUAUAAUUUGAAUAUUUAUAAGUAGAUUUUAAAUAUUAAAUAUUUAAAUAAUUUUUAAAUAGUUUUUAAUAACUUACUCAUUUUAUGCCGAAUAAAAAACUUGAAAGUUUCCGCUGCA